AUGUCAAUAGUUUGUAUACCUCCAGAAAUUGGGAUUCCGCCCGAAGAAAUGAAGAACCACAAUUUGAUGCACAACGUUCACGAAUUUAGUGACGACAUAACUGUUGGGUUUUGUUGUUCAGUUUGUUCUCUUCCAAUCAUCGGAUCAGCUGACACGUGCAAAUGUUGUAAAGCCAAAGUUCAUCCCUCUUGCAGUUCAAAAUUGGUGACUUCUUGUUUCCGAGAAGAGAAAGGAUUUAUUACUGAAGGGAUGGCCAACAAGCAUCAUGUCAUGAAAUUGACGACAUUCACAUCUCCAACGUACUGUCAAGUCUGUGAAGACAUGUUAGUAGGUGUUAAGAACCAAGGAUAUCGCUGUGACUUAUGUGGUAUGACUGCUCACACCAAUUGUCUUAGAAGAGUUAAUUUAGACUGUAAGUCCUUUGAAGGGAAGACGGACUUUUGCCACCACUUUGUGAAAGGAUCGAAAAUAGGAGGGAAGUGUAAUGUAUGUGGUGAUACGUUAUUGGCGUCUUCAUUGACUUCAUUACGAUGCGUCUGGUGUGGCAUUACUUUACAUCAAGGAUGCAUUAAUUUGGCACCUCGAAAAUGCACGUACGGCUCUUUGCAUAACAUCAUUAUACCUCCAGAUUAUAUAGAAGAAGCCACACACAUCGUUAAGAAGAUUGAAAACUUCCAUCCCGUAGUUGUUGUGGCAAAUCCCAAGAGUGGAGGACAGACUGGUCUUGAAGUGAUCAAGCACUGCAGAUUCUUACUCAACCCCCUUCAAGUUUUUAACAUGUUUGAAGGGUGGGACAAAGUGUUUACAUUUGUAUCUGAGUACAAAAGUGAUUUCACGAUCAUAUGUGCGGGCGGUGAUGGGUCUGUCGGGUGGUGUUUGAAUGAAUGUCGGAAGAAGAAUCUAUUCCCAAAGGUUGUUCCAAUGCCCCUUGGCACUGGCAAUGAUUUAGCAAAUUCGUUUAAGUGGGGGAAUGGCUUUGAUGGGAAACUUGAGAGUGUGAAAAUGUUCUUAGAAACGUCCAAUAAGUCGUCCCUGAGUGGGUUAGAUAGGUGGGACCUUUUCACAGGCAGUGAGUUGAAAACGACGAUGAACAACUAUUUUUCAUUUGGAUUAUCAGGGGAGAUUGUGUGCGAAUUCCACAAGAAACGAGAAGCAAACCCAAAGGAGUUUGAGAGUCAAUUUAAGAACAAGAUGACAUAUGUGAAGGCGUACUUAGGAAAUGCAGUGAGUGCAAAAGAUGUUGGGGAUUUGGUCGAAGUCAAAAUAGGAAAACGAAGAAUUCCGGUGAAUGGAUUGGUUGGACUCACAUUCUUGAAUAUCCCACUGUACGCUGCAGGGGCAAAACCAUGGGGUGCACCUACGGAAAGUGAAAAGUGCUACGGAUGGAGGGAAGGCUCAACAGAAGAUGGCGUGCUUGAACUUUUUGGAUUCACGGACGCUCCACACGUCGCUGCGGUGAUGGGCGGAGUUGCAACUGCCAAGAAAAUAGCGCAGUGUAAUUGUGCUACUAUCGAAGUCAAAGCUGAUAGCGUUAACUGUGAAAUCGAUGGAGAGCCAGUCAGUUUGGUAAAAGGAGUUUAUGAAUUGAAGUUUGCACAGAAGGUCAACAUGCUCUACAAAUUGAUGUGA